AAUAGUAGGGCACCGUUUAUCUUCUACGGUUUAGCCACCGCAUUCUCCAGUCUCUCAAGCCUCAGUGUAACGGACUCCCAUCUCCUUCCACUUUUUAUCUUAUCUUCCUAACACACGGUACCGUUUAGUUUGUACCCUAUCGCCGUUCUCCGCUUCCAGCCGUCGAACUACAGCUUCGCUACUACCUCAACGGCGACCGAAUCACUACUCCAGCCUCCUUCAUCUCCUUCAUUACUCCCCGCUCUCCACUGCAGAGGUACAGAAAACUGUGGAUUUAUUAGUAUCAUCUGUAUUCAAAGAACAGUUCAGAUGAUGGUCUAUCCAGUUUGUUCAUUUCACUUACAAAAUUGUUUGGAGGGCUUCACUCAAUUGACAUUCUGGCGAUUGUCUGUUACAUAUCCAUCCAGCAAGCAUGUUCCAAACACUGUUUUCUUGCCAACUCUGGGUUAUGUGGUGGAAUACGCAAAUUUCCAAGCAAAUAUGGUACGGUCAAAUUAUCAAACAUCUGUUACAAAAAGAGUAUGUCCCUCUUAUGCUUCUUUCAAUUCCUUAUCAAGAGUUCACCAUCGUGGAGCAUUGCAAAUCAGUGUUAAUGCUGAGGAAGCAUCAAGUUUUGGCAAGCAUUGCCGGUUAAAACUUAGUCAGGAUUCUGCUGAGACUGAAACUUUGAAUGAGGAGCUUCUGCUGGACAAUUACUGUGACUGUUCCAAAAAUCCCAGUGACAAUAAUGAAAGGAAAAAAUGCAGAAAGAGAAAACAUGGUAAUAAGGGGAAGGUACCGUGGAACAAAGGCAGAAAACAUACUGCAGAGACUCGUGCACUUAUCAAGCGGAGAACAAUAGAGGCCUUGAGAGAUCCCCAGGUUAGAAAGAAGAUGUCAGAACAUCCUCGUGCCCAUAGUGAUGAGAUCAAGGAAAAAAUAGGUUUUUCACUUAGACGGCUUUGGGGCAAGCGUUUGAAAUGGAAGAAACUAAGAGAGAAGUUCUUCCUGUCAUGGACUAAAAGCAUAGCAGAAGAAGCUCGGAAAGGAGGCAUUGACCAAAAGGAGCUAGAUUGGGAUAGCUAUGACAAGAUAAAAGAAGAAAUAACUCUACAACAGCUUCAGUGUGCCGAGGACAAGGAAAAGGCAAGGGAGCUAGCAAAGAUAACAGCUGAGAGAGCAGCACAGGCAAAAGCAGAAAAGUUAGCAAGGCUUGCUCAGAAGAGAAAAGAGCGAGAAGAGAAAAAAAAAGAAAGAGAAACAAAGAAAAAGGCUUCCAGAAAAUCAAAGAAGAAAGCAAAUAAGCUGUCAGUUGUCCAGGAGUUGACACUUCAACAGAGAUUAACAAAGAUUCGCAAAAAGAAACCCAUAAAGGUGAUUACUCAAGGAGAGGCAUCGAUUUCCCAUAGUCCAGCUUGGAAGAAAUUGGAUGUGGCACUUGUGAAGAGAGAAAAAGUUCAAAGAGAAGUUUCACUCGCAGAUCAGAUCCAAGCUGCCAAAAACAAAAGAACUGAACCCAUGGCAAGGGAAGCAUUGGCAGAAUCAUCUACUGAUCAUUUUUUCCCAUGAAGAUCACUAGAGUAUUCCUGAAUUGCAUUAUUUGCGGCAACAUCAAACAUGACUGGUAUUGACUGAAAGGCAAAACAAGGUCAGUCGGGCAACAUACCCAUUAUGAAAUUAGAUUCCAAGUGCCAACAAAGUUCAUUAACCACUUUAGAAGAAAAAUAUUUGAAGAAACAAUUUUCCAGCAGUGUCUGAUCACCUAGUGCCUGCAGGGAUGAAUUAUUGAACAUGUCCGAGACAUUGCAGGGAGAGUGGUUUUUUGGGACUGGGGGAUGAUUUCAUAUUCGUAUACAGUCAAGUUAGUGUAACAGGGUACCAUGCAAUGGUUCCUUUUUAUUAUUAUUAUUAUUAUUAUUAUUAUUAUUAUUAUUA